UGGAUUCUCUCUUAAAACUUAAUGUAUAAAUGAAAGGAAAGCCAUAAACUGCUACAUCCGCAAAGCUAUAGACCACGAUGGCAAUGUUUUUCUUCCUCGGAGCUUUCUUUAUCUUCGUCUUGUUUCUUCUCCAAACUUACAGAACCAAAAGAAAAAUUCUUCUUCCGCCUGGUCCCUAUGGACUUCCUUUAAUCGGUAACUUGCAUCAUUUUGUAUUGUACAAAUCACCCCCUCACCAUUACCUGUGGCAACUCUCGCACAAAUAUGGGCCGCUUAUGUCCUUGAGACUAGGUUUUGUGCCAACUCUGGUAGUUUCUUCAGCUAAAAUGGCCAAAGAGGUUAUGAGAAAGCAUGAUCUGGAGUUCUCUGGGAGGCCUUCCUUACAUGGCCAGCAAAAAUUGUCUUAUAACGGCCUAGACUUGGCUUUUACACCAUAUGGUGGUUAUUGGAGGGAGAUGAGGAAGAUUUGUGUUCUUCGACUCUUUAACUUGAAACGAGUGCAAUCUUUUCAUUCCAUUCGUGAAAAUGAGGUUUCUAGUAUGAUUAAAAAAAAAAGGAAAGCUGCCGAUGCUUCCAGGACUGCCAACAUGAGUGAAGCAGUGACUGCCCUUACAAGCUCCAUAAUUUGUAGAGUUGCCUUUGGGAAGAGUUAUGAGGAUCAAGGUAGUGAAAGAAGUAAAUUUCAUAACCUUCUUAAUGAAGCACAGGCCAUGGCGGCUAGUCUUUUUGUUUCGGAUUAUCUUCCUUUCAUGGGAUGGAUUGAUAAACUCUCUGGAUUGAUGGCUCGCCUGGAAAAGAAUUUCAGCGAAUUUGAUGUUUUCUACCAAGAAAUAAUUGACGAGCACCUGGAUCCAAAGAGAACCAAACCUGAGAAAGAGGACAUCAUUGACGUGUUACUUCGCCUGAAAAAGGAACGCUCAUUUGCAUUUGAUCUCACUCGGGAUCACAUCAAAGCAGUGCUAAUGAACAUAUUUAUUGCUGGCACAGACACAACUGCAGGCACCUUGGAGUGGGCCAUGACAGCUCUAAUGAAGGAACCUAGAGUGAUGAAAAAAGUUCAAGAAGAAGUUAGAAAUCUAGUUGGUGACAGAAAACUCGUGAAAGAAGACGAUCUCUUAAGAUUACCAUAUCUUAAGGCAGUGGUGAAAGAGACAUGGAGAUUGCAUCCAGUGGCUCCAUUACUACUCCCACGAGAAACAAUACAAAAUUGCAACAUAGAUGGUUAUGAUAUACCAGCCAGAACUCUAGUUUAUGUGAAUGCGUGGGCUAUCGGAAGGGAUCCUGAAGCGUGGGAAAUCCCAGAAGAGUUCUAUCCUGAAAGAUUCUUUGGCAAGUCUAUAGACUUUAAAGGACAAGAUUAUGAACUGAUACCAUUUGGUACCGGUCGAAGAGGCUGUCCAGGGAUACAUAUGGGAGCUGUGACUGUGGAGCUUGCAUUUGCUAAUCUUCUUUACAGCUUUGACUGGGAAAUGCCGCAAGGAUUGAAAGCUGAAGACAUGGACAUGGAUGUUCUGCCGGGUCUCAGCAUGCACAAGAAAAAUGCUUUAUGCCUUAUGCCUAGGAACUAUUUUCAUAUAUCAAGUGUUUGAUGUUGUAAUGUACGACGGAGCCAUAUCAAUCUGUCUCGUUUUAUCCACACAAACAGGGGUAGUUUCCCUCGCCGUUAUAGCUAGCUAGAACUUGAAUCCUAGGCCAACUGUUGAAAUUUCACCAAUUUCUCCUAGCUGAAAGCAUGUGAUCAC